GUCCUACAUCCAUCUACUGGCGCCCCGAUUUCCUCACAACAGCGUACACAAAGUAUUCAUAGUGCACCCAUUCCUUCAAUGUCACCAACAGCAACGACACACGUCCAGCUCUACAGCGAGACGCCCACGAUGACCUCUCUCAGACUGAGAGGAGACAACGUCCACCGUUACCACCAGCAGUGGCAACUGCAACAACAACCAACCGGACUGAGCCCGCUGGACAGCCCGCAACUGGUCGGCUUCAACAACGGCUCGCCGUACCAAAUGGCGAUACCCACCAUGGACUACUUUGACAGAAGCCAAGCCCCACCCCCAAUGGAGCGCAUGGCCUGCAUUCCACUCCCUCGAAUCGGUGGCGGUCCGUUGAACCCAGUCCUCGAGCGGACCCCGCUGCCCAUGAUCCUCUACAACAUCGCCCAGACGUCCGACUGCGCCUCGAUGAACCCCCGCCAACGUGAAGCACUACGUCAUUCAUUCGAUGAACCCGCAACAAUUGGCGGCGCAACCUCUGUGACCAUCCAGGCGCGCUUCCUCCCCUGGCCCAUCGUCGUCCAACGAAACGGGGCUGUGAUCACCGUCAGAGACGUCCUUUCCUCCGUCCACUCUGCGUUGCGCCGCUUGGCUCAAAAUCAAGGGCUCGUCAAGCCUGACCACCACAUCCUCUCGCCCGACCACUACAGCACCAUACCCAACAACCACUACGAACCAGCAAUCCUCGCCUCCAUUCUCGGGGGGCGAUGCACCUGGGAUGGCCUCACUGCCAGCCCUAAGGAGCCCGAAGUAUGGAUCCUACACAUCAGAUGAUGAUGCCACCUUCGCUUUCUGCAAGAAUUCAAACUCACCUCAACUCCCCUCACACCUUGUUGUGCACAACCACCCUCUCGAGGCGUACCAUCAGCGUCGCCACACCCUCCUA